AUGAACACAGAGAGCUUUGAGUCUGACACAUUGGCCGUAAUAGACCUCCAGCAGCUCCCUGUCUCUGAAGAGGAGGUUCCCCCUGAGCAGCAACACUGUGAGAAGGAAUGGAGCCCCAAUCUGGGGCAGGAGGUUAAAGAGGAACAGGAAGAACUCAGGACCAGUCAAGUGGAAGAGCAGCUUCAAGGGCUAGAGGAAGACUUCAUAUUCUCUUCUGCCUUUGUGAAAAGUGACAAUGAUCAGGACCCAAGUCAGUCCUCAGAUCUUCACCAAACCCAAAGUGUAGAAAACAGACAGAGAGACCCUGUUCCCUGCACCUCAACUGAACAGAUUAACACAGAGACUGAUGAAGAGAACAGUGUGUCAGACCCAACCAGUGACUCCCGGCCCCUCUCUGCUGCGAACCCACAGUGUUCUGCAGCUCAGAUUGAAAAUAAUGCUUAUCAGAGGGAGAGAGGAGGGCCUCAGUCACUUGGAUUAAUGGGAAUACAGACUGUAAAAGGACAAUGGUCCUGCUUCAGUACUAAUGAGGGUAGGAUAUCCAUGGAGUUGUCCCAUCUGAAAUCACCUAGUAGUGUAAUUCAAAGUCCUGCUUUGCCUCUUUGUUAUUGUAAAGUUUGUGGGAAGUCUUUUAUCUCCAUGAUUUCUUUAGUUACUCACAUGACAAUACAUAUAAUGGAUGAAGACCAUCUUUGUGGUGUGUGUGGAAAACACUUUGAUUCCACAGAGAGUAUGCAAGAACAUCUCCAAACUCAUAUUGAUACUAGGUUUUCUUGUCAUGUUUGUAGUAAACGUUUUACUGUGAAUACUGAACUAAUAAUGCAUAUGGCGAUUCACGAAGGGGACAAAUCAUUCAAAUGCUCAUAUUGUGGUAAAUGUUUCAGCAACCGCUCUAAUAUGAACAAACACAUCAGGAGCCACACAGGGGAGAAACCGUAUCAAUGUCCUCAUUGUGGCAAAGGUUUCAGCAGUAGCUCUAAUCUAAAAGUUCACAUCAAGAGCCACACAGGGGAGAAACCUUAUCCCUGUCGCUUCUGUGGCAAAAGAUUCAUUCAGAAAGCACACAUGGAGUUGCAUGUGAAGAUUCACACAGGUGAGAAACCACAUAGUUGUGAUGUUUGUGGUAAAUGUUUCCUCCGUGGUUCAGAUAUGAAAGUGCACAUGAGAAGGCACACAGGGGAGAAACCUCUUAAUUGCAGUUUUUGUGAGAGAAAUUUCGCAGCUUGUGCUUCUCUGACAGUUCACAUGAGGACACACACAGAGGAGAAAUCCUAUGUGUGUCCUGUAUGUAGAAAAUGCUAUAUUUCAUCAAGUGCAUUAGGUACACAUAAAAAAAGUCACACCGAAAACCGAGUGAACAUUUCUAUAGGCGCCAUGGUUGGGGCAAAUGCUUCAAUACGAAGGAGUCCUUACAAAGGCACCGUCACCCAAGAAGAAGUAAAAGUAGCCUUUCUAAAAACUACUUGAGUGUAAAAUAGUAUUUGGUCUAAGAACUACUCAAGCACUCAUUACAUUGUAACAUUGUGUAGACACUGUAAUUUAGGACAUAUUACCACGUAACCAAGGUCAUCCAAUGAAACAAGGAAUAGCGAAGAUGGAGACAAUUGUCGACGGGUGCUACUAUAUUUAUAAGGAGCAAAUCAGGGUGAAUAGCCUAACAGGCUGACUACACCGCGAGCGUUGCAAAAUACAUUUAGACAUACAUGUUAUUCAAUUAUUGCACCCACACUGCUCGCCCGCGCCAGCGAGCGUCUGCGUUGCCAAGGGCUAAAAUAUAAGUCAGUUCUAUUUCUGAAGCAGAUUGCGCUGCAAGUCCUGCCUCUCCCAUCUCCUCAUUGGUUUAUAGAAGCAGAUACCCACGUGCCAUCUCCUCAUUGGUUAUACCCAUUUAUGAAAGUUGCCAAUCGCAAUAUAAAGUCAAGAGAAGAAAAUGCCUGGAAGGAGGAGAGAUGACUACAAACGAUUCGGUUGACCGUUUUAUGUGUGGAUUAAUUGGCGGAGUAGAGGAUCUUGUGCAUUUCGGGUAAAAUAUCAACUCAAUGUUUAUAUCCCAGGACAAAUUAGUUAGCAACAGGGCCUCCCGGGUGGCGCAGUGGUCUAGGGCACUGCAUCGCAGUGCUAGCUGCGCCACCAGAGUCUCUGGGUUCGAAACACUCAUUCGCAGCCGGCCGCAACCGGGAGGUCCGUGGGGCGACGCACAAUUGGCAUAGCGUCUUCCGGGUUAGGAAGGGUUUGGCCGGUAGGGAUAUCCUUGUCUCAUCGCGCUCCAGCGACUCCUGUGGCGGGCCGGGCGCAGUGCGCGCUAACCAAGGGGGCCAAGUGCACGGUGUUUCCUCGGACACAUUGGCUGGCUUCCGGGUUGGAGGCGCGCUGUGUUAAAGAUGCAGUGCGGCUUGGUUGGGUUGUGCUUCUGAGGACGCGUGGCUUUCGACCUUCGUCUCUCCCGAGCCAGUACGGGAGUUGUAGCGAUGAGACAAGAUAGUAAUUACUAGCGAUUGGACACCACGAAAAUUGUGGAGAAAAGGGGAUAAAAUAAAAUAUAUAUAUAAUGUUUGCUAGCAACAGCAAGCUAGCUAAAUAGGACAAAUUAGCUAGCAAGUGCAAGCUAAAUUGCCAUAAAUGUUUUAUGCUUUUUUUUGCUUGUCCCCAAAUUAAUAUAAUUGGUUCAGAGUUUGUUUUGAUAUUUUAACCCGCGUGUCGUGAUCGCGUUUGGUGUGGGGGGACAAAAUACAUUUAUGCACGAUGGCCCACGCGCGCAGACGGUUUGGGUUCCGUGUCAGGCCAGGAUUCAAUCAGAUCAGCAAUGCAUAUUUUUAAAGGCAAUGUUUUGUGUCAGCAAUGCAUACUGUAAAGGCGUUUUCCAAAUGCGUGAUCGGAUUGAAUCCCGGCCUUUAGUGUCAAUGACUUGUGUGGGGAAUGGGCAUCAGACAGAAGACAGAGUAACAACAACUGAGAUACCCCACUGCUCUUUGUUGAAUAUGAUUUGACUGAAUUAGUUUUUGAACUAGCAAGAAGCCCACAUGUCUAACAGAUAAGAGUUACUGGGUUCCUGGCAACAGGAGUCACUGCUCAUUAGCUGUACUAGACACACAGGACAUUUGUACUGAUGUCUUGUAUCUGUACACAGAGCUUGCUUUUGAUUUGAUGUCAAAUGUAUUGUUUAUUGAUACGGGUAACUGCCAAAAUAAAGGAAACACCAACAUAGUGUCUUAAUAGGGCAUUGGGCCACCACGAGCCGCCAGAACAGCUUCAUUGUGCUUUUGCAUAGAUUCUACAAAUGUCUGGAACUGUACUGGAGGAAUGCGACACCAUUCUUCCAUGAGAAAUUCCAUAAUUUGGUGUUUUGUUGAUCAUGGUGGUGCAAAACGAGGUCUAUUUAGCCGCUCCAGAAAGUUUUCAGUUGGGUUGAGAUCUGGUGACUGAGACACACGCACACCCUUUAAACCCCCCUAUGCUCCGUUUAGACUCCUAUUUUAAAGGCAAUAAGACUAGAGUGAUAACUGGGCCCAAAAUCUGUCUUCUCCAGCAGGUGGUGUUUUUUUCUCACACCAAGCAAAGAGUUUUUUUGUGGAGGUCAAUGAGUGUUUCGAAUUUGUUUAACAAAAGAUUGAAUGGCUUAUUUGCUCAAAUAGAAGUUUCGUAAUGAUUCGAUUGUUAGGAAUGUACUGAUACAAGUUGGACACGUGACAUCCCUGCACUUUAUACCGGAGUUGUCUGGUCGUCACUCGUUACCACAGCCACAAAGUCAUAAACCCGCCUAUUUCAUAAUUUCUUAAAAUGGAAUUUUAAACCUAUUGCUAACCUUAUGCCUAAUCUUAAAUUAAGACCAAAAAGCACAUUUUAGUUUUUUACGCUAUAGCCAAUUUUGACUUUGUGGCUGUGGAAACCGGUGUGCCUGUUGUUCACAAGGCGUAUCUGCCCUCUCAUUGGCUAGAAUGGUCCCACCUGAUCUUGUCUUCCAUUUUUGAAGACAUUUAAAGUUGUGCCCCUGAUUGCUUAAUUAACUCCGGAACCACACUUGCGUGGAAGCACCUGCUUUCAAUAAAGUUUGUAUCCCUCAUUUACUGAAGUUUCCUUUAUUUUGCCAGUUACCUGUAUAUUUUGUUGAAAGGGACUUUUAAUUUGAAAAUGUCACUUCAUAGAUGUUCAAUAAAUAAAGAUUUUGAUGAACCAUA